UUGUAUUGUUGUCCAUUCAAGCGACACGCGAUCCGAAUGACAGAUGCGAUUAGUUCCGCGUACGAACUUUUCCCGGCAUUUUUCAAGUGACAGUGGUGAAAAACUUGUGUUUUUGUGUGGAGUGCUCUGUGUUUGCAGACUUUCUGUGUAUUCUUUCCUGUGAGCUUUUAGGUUAUGGGCCUAUAAAACAUGGCUACCACCACGAUGGUCGUGUCACCAUUGGCGACGCAGCCUUCACCGAAGACCAAAAGGAGGCUCUUCGCUGAGGCGCGCCAGAACAGCCUUCAGAAACUUAGCAUCAUUUUUGACCAUGGGAAUAAAAACGGCAAUGGUGGCGAGACGACGUGGUGUUUUAGUCAGGUGAAGGGGACCCUGGAGGAUGACGUCACGGAGGCAGACCUCAUAUCUUGCGUGGAGUUCAACCAUGAUGGGGAACUGCUCGCCACUGGAGACAAGGGGGGGAGAGUUGUCAUAUUUCAGAGGGACCCAGCAUCGAAACAGUGCGUGCCCAAGAAGGGCGAAUACAAUGUGUACUCGACCUUCCAGUCCCACGAGCCAGAGUUCGACUAUCUCAAGUCUCUGGAGAUCGAGGAGAAAAUCAAUAAGAUUCGGUGGCUCAAGCGCAAGAACCAGGCGCACUUUCUGCUAUCCACUAAUGACAAGACUAUCAAACUAUGGAAAGUGUCGGAGCGAGACAAACGCGUGACGGGCUACAACACGCGCGAGGAGGGCGGCAGGCCGCGGGAGCCCGCGCGCAUCACACAGCUCCGGGUGCCCACGGUGCGCCCGGCUGAGCUCAUGGUGGAGGCUUCUCCCAGGAGAAUAUUCGCCAACGCUCACACAUACCACAUAAACUCGAUCUCGCUGAACUCGGACCAGGAGACUUACCUGUCAGCAGAUGAUCUACGGAUCAAUUUGUGGCACUUGGAGAUUACGGACCAGAGCUUUAAUAUUGUUGACAUCAAGCCGGCCAACAUGGAGGAACUCACAGAGGUUAUAACCGCUGCGGAGUUUCAUCCGACCGAAUGCAAUCUCUUUGUAUAUUCUAGUAGUAAGGGUACAAUAAGGCUUUGCGAUAUGCGUGCGGCGGCGCUGUGCGACCGACACGCGAAACUGUUUGAAGAGCCCGAGGACCCCCACGCGCGCUCCUUCUUCUCCGAGAUCAUCUCCUCCAUCAGCGACGUCAAGCUCAGCAACUCUGGCAGAUAUAUGAUGUCAAGAGAUUAUUUAGGUUUAAAAGUAUGGGAUCUUAGAAUGGAAACAAAACCUGUAGAAACAUAUCCAGUACACGAGUACUUGCGAUCGAAGCUGUGCUCUUUAUACGAAAACGACUGCAUCUUUGAUAAGUUUGAAUGUUGCUGGAGCGGCGAUGACCAGCGGCUGAUGACCGGGUCUUAUAAUGGAUUCUUCAGAGUAUUCGAGCGCGGAGGCGCGGCGACGACGACGACGCGGCGCUCGGAGCUGACGCUGGAAGCGUCGCGCGAGUGCGCCGCGCGCCCGCGCCAGCCGCUGCGCGCGCGCCGCGUCGCCGCCUCCGCCAAGAGGAAGAAGGACGAGAUAAGCGUAGACUGCUUAGACUUCAACAAGAAGAUUCUCCACACGGCGUGGCAUCCACACGAAAGCAUCAUAGCCGUGGCGGCCACCAACAACCUCUUCAUAUUCCAGGACAAGUUCUAGCACUAACCCAGGACCACUGUCAUACGCUGGACACGCAAGAUGGCGGGGAUUUAACACGUUCACACGAGGAAAUGAGACAGCUAUACCAUGUAAGAUACACUUUAUUACUGAAAAAAUGAUUCAAGACAGUCUAUAAAGAGAAGAAGACAGAUUUUAACGAACUACAUUUCAAAUUCAAAUAAUGAGAUGAAAAAAGUCAGGACUCGAAAAGGAAAUAUAAUCCACGCCACUGCCUUAGUUUAACAUGUGUGACAUGCAUAUUCAAAUAUAUAGAACAAAAUUUUUUUGGCAUUGCAAUACCGAAUAUAAUGGACAGAAGACAGCGUCCUCAUUUAUUUUCUUCACUUUAUAGACAGUCUGUAACAAACCAUUUUUAUAGCCCAGCGAAGGGGUCACCACUAGAUCUAACAAACAUGUUUUCCAAUUAUUGUGACAGGGGCAAGUCUUGUCAUUAAAAUAUAUUACAAGGAAAAUUGGGUAACGCGAAAAAAGAAUUUAAAACAGCUAGAUCAUGUAUAAAUAAAAUUUAACAAGAUAAAUUUGUAUGUAUAGGAUAUAAAGUGUAACAUAUAAAAAGGAAACUUAAUAAUUGGAUAAAAUUAUAAUGUAGUUGUCUAUAAUUUGGGGUUUGAACGUGUUAAAACUUCUAUGAAUGCUUCCUAGCUCUUGUAGGGAGGACAGUGAUUGGUAGGUAUUCGAAUAAACAAAAAAAUAUAUGUUAAAGCAUAUUUUUAAUACACAGCUAAUGUAUGUAGAUAAAGUUAUGUUGACAAGAUAUAUGUCGUUGUAAUGGACAUAGGUUUCUCUAAAACCUGCAGUCGACUCCACAUGAAUAUAUCAAAAUAACGUCAUGUAAGUGUAUUGGAAAACCGUUCAUCGGAAAUCCAUAGCACCUACCUAAAUUGCAGUCUAUAAUAUUUUGCCUGGCAAUGUUGCCGUCAUAUGAAAAUAAAAUGCUUAUGUGAAAAUUUUAAUUGUCUAUUAUGGAGAUCAAUCUCUCUUUAUUAAUCCAAUAUUUUUACGGAACCCCAGCACUGGGAAUAUUAUAACAAAACUAGUUUUUGUCCAUGGCUUCGCAUGCGUGGUAAAAAAUACUGUUCCCGUGGGUUUAACUACGGUAGUAUUUUUUCCGGUGAAUAUAUGUUUUCCUAUGCCCCUCCAUUUUUUAAACUAAUGUAUGUGUACACAUUUUUCGAUCAUUGGUUGAAUAGACAAGUAAAAAAAUAUGGCAAGCAAAUUUUCGUGUUUAUAAUAUUGGUAUUGGGAUACAUAUUCGUAGUGAUUUCGAAUAUGGAUAAAAUAAGAAAGUCUUUCGUCCUUUUAUACCAUUCAACGGCAAAAUUCAAGAUUCGUUGUCAGGUAAUUUAUUUUCAACUUGCACAUGAUAAUUUACUAGUCCUCCUUACUUCGGGCCGGGUUAUUGUUUACACUGCGGGUAGCUGUCAGUAAGGUCGAUUGUCCAAUGUAUAUUAGCCGGUUUUUACAGUCGAAGUUUUAGACCAUAGACACUAUUGGCCAACAAAUAUGAUUUUUAAAUGUCGCUUAGGAAGGAGUCAUUUUUCCAUAACAUCUUUAACUUUUUAAUAUGUAAUAUAGUCAAAUAUUAAAAACAACAUUUUAAUUAUAUUAUGCAGUCAAAAUUAUCAUCUCAUAGGUACACUUACAGAGUUUUUUUUAAUAAGUGUAGGAUAUUCCAAGAAUGUUGAAACAUCACAUAUUUCUAUACUUUGUAUUGACAGCUACCAUUGCAGUAUUGUUGAAUCGCGGCGUAUCGUUGGGAAUACUGUAGAGUAUGAUUAAGAUAGGUAUGUUCACAGAUGCAAUUAGUAAAUUUUGAAUGGAUGUGGAGAUGUAACUCGGCUCAAAACCGUUUCGUAAGGUCACAAAUCAUUAUAUCGCUUGUAAUUCUAAUUUCCGUUGUAUAUAUAUAGUGAUAGUGAAAUUGAACAUCGUCGAUCUCACUCAUGUAAAUUGUAAUGAAAAGGAAAGAACUAUAUGUUGCGCGUGACGUAACAUUCUUUUAGACCAUAAUUUUAAUUUGUGACAUUUGAAAGUACGAACAAUAUAGUAUAUCCUCAAGAUCGUUUUAUCGUAAAAAUCGAAAUCGUGAGAAAUCCUAGGCUGCUCCCCAAGGACCUACAUGUUCAAUUUCAGCUUUUUUCGCCAACUAAUUUUAACUGUGCGUUGUCUAUUAAAAUCUAGAUUUUUUAUCUCUUCCGUUUACAAGCUAAUAGACAAGUCGAGAUUUGAGUUUACGUCAGUUAGAUAUUGGAUUAAGUAAAGAACACUUGGAAUCUUACUAGUCGAAAAUUACCAUUGCCUCUGUGAUCAGUACCGUAAUAAACAUAGUGUUGACGUAUUAUUUCCCACAAAGCUCAAUGAUAUGUCGUCCAUCUUGUUCCAUAGAUAAUACUGACGAUUUUUAAUGUUACCAGUGAUAUAAACUUCCAGUUUCAAACAUUUUGCCUCACGAUACGUCGCGGCAUUUAGUUAGCUAGUUACUAAGAAUGUUGAAGGUAUAACAGUUUUUUUAAUAGUUAGAGUAUCUUUAACUUAACUGUGAAGAAAUUAAUAUUUCGUGUAUAUUAUCACUACUUAAUCUGUCGUUCGCAUAUAAUGCUUAGGGAAAUUUGGAUCGUAUAUGUUGGUUUAAAACAUAUACGUUCGGGUGUUAUUCAUUAUUUUUCUUCUUCAAAGGUGAAGUAAAUAUACUCCCACUAUUUAAAUUACUGUAAAUAAUUCUCGAUAAUUUAUACGCUUUUCAUACUUAAGGUUCUAAGCGAUAUAGUAUUUUAUUGUUUAAAUGAAUACCACAAUGAAGUGAUGCUUUGUUCACAUGAGAUUAGUUAGGAAUAAUAAUGGUGUGACAAACUAUCGCUUACAACGUGAAAUGUAUGUCAAAAAUAUAUGGAGAUAUACGUAUUUGUAUACAAAUAUAGCGAUGAAGUGAUUGUACAUUUUUGUAUCGACAAAUGUGUAAAAAUAACGUUGCUUUUAAAUCAUUUUGAUUGUUGUAUCCGUAAUUUAUAUUUUUGAUUUGAUAGUUACCAUACAUUUUGAGUUGUAAGCGUUUACAAAUUGUAUUACAGCACUCUGGGUCCUAUUUGGUGGUGUCGAAUUUGGUUCGUGUAACAAUUUUGAAGUAGAAGAGAGUAUUUUGAAAUGUACAAGCUUGUGAAUUCCUAAAUUGUGAGACCUAUUUAUGCAGUUAAGAAGAAUAUUUCUUUUUGAUAGUUUGUUUCUGUAUCAAAAUGAAUGUUUCUCGUGAAAAUAAUGGCCGUCUUUUUUGAACAGCGAAAAAUGUACAAAAUAUUAAUGAUAUCUGUUCUCUUUUAUUGUAUAAAUAGACUCAUCAAUAAUUGAUCCGAUCUCAUAUCGUAUUGAUCGAGUCAAAGACUUUGUUUUCCUGAGAGUAGUGUUCGAGUCGUAAGUUGUUCUGUUCCGAUGACAUGUAUCGAUGUAAUUUUGUGAGAAACACUGGUUAAAAUAUGUGGACAUAUCUUUGUCAUAGAUUUGAAGAAAAAGUCUGAUUAUACAGGGGAGUAGAAUGAUUUCCAAAAAUUAUAUCGAUACAUGUAGUCUUAUACCCGAAGAUGGCUAAGAUCGUUUCGAAUAUGACAGACUAUUGAUUUUUGACUGUCAUUAAGUAUUGAGCUGCGAACUAUUUUUUGCAAUAGUCUAAAAAUCUAACGGUUGUCAUAUUUGUUGAAAAGAUACAUUCAUAUUAUACGUAAAACAUUGGCAAUGUCGCGGAGCUGAAUCGGUGUCACGUUGAUCUAAAACUGACAGUAUAAAUUAGCUAUUUUCUUCUAUAUAGCUAAUAGCUGACUUUCUAAUGUGAGAAACCUUAAUUAUCGAAAUAUUUUUCGGUCCAAUAUAGCUGUCACUGCUUUGCAUGUGAAAAUGACAAGUGAGAAAACGUAAUUACCAUUGUUUCUCACUGUGAGAAAUUUAUUUCCCAGUUUUUGUUGACGUGACAUCUAUUAGCUCUAAAGCGACCUUUUCGCCAAUUUCCGUUCACAGGCCCGUGCCUUACCGUGUAUGUAGUUUUGUUAAUCAUACUUUAUUUAUUAUCUAUUUUUUAAUAUUUGUGAUCGUUUUUAUGAACUCAUAAAUAGUUUGAUUUUGAGAAGUAUUCGCGGAUGGCGGAAUUUACAAUUAUGAAUUACAAAAUGAAAUAGCAUUGAGUGUCUAUGCGUAUAAUGAUUUAGGCAUGUGAUUACUUACGGAAAAAUAUUGUGAUUUUAGUUCAUCUACGUGCGUAUGUUUAAGAGAAGCAGUAAUGUAAAUAUAUAGAAAACGAAUGGAGGCCUGAAAUAUAGAAUAUUUUGUCACAAUUAUAAUUAAUGUACAGAGUUAUAUAUAUUUGUACUUUAAUUGGGUUAAGCUUGAUACGGUAAAUUAUGUUAACGUUUUUUUUAAAAUGAAAUGCGAUUUUCUUGGUCUUUGGAUUAAAAUUUAGAGAGGACAAUACUCGCUGAAAUAAUUUAGUUCAAUGAAUAACGUAGUUGUUGCGUGUGAAUUACGGUAUCAAUUAAUGCUUAGUGUGAGAAAAAAAAAUGUAGCUUCAUGUUAGAACGGUAUAUAUAUAUGGUCGAACAAUUACAUGUGUGAAUGAAAAACUAUUUUAAACGUUAUCAGCGAGUACUGUUCCUUCUCAUUCGAUAUGUGAUUCAGGCACUUCCAUAGUUUUUGUUAGUUUAACGAUAAUCUCCGUUUUUUAUGUUGUUCGAUUUUGUAUGGAAUGUGUUAAGUUUUAGUUUUUUUUUUGUCAUGGGGCCCGGUCAAUUCCUCGUGUGUUUUCGCAUACAAGCUGGAGUUAUUUGUAAGUAAAAAAUAUGUGAUAAUUGAAAUGCCUCCGCGUUACGGUUUAAUCCAUUGCUUCACAAGCAAUAUUAGCAUAGGAAUUGACAGUCCCCGAUAUCAAUGUAAAAAUGAGAAUUUGUAGUGUAAACGUGUAUAGAGAGUGACUGAAGGAAUGACAGGCGAGCGUCUUAUUUAAGUCUAGUAUAUAGUUAGGAAAAACUGUGAAAGCGCAGACUUUGAAAAUAUAAAAAUACAAUCAGUUUUUUUUUCUUUUCUGUAAAGAGGGAUCAGCGAGGUUUGCGUGUUAAAUGCCCGACCAAUAUACGAGGUUUUUCUAUUACUAGAUAUUUCGACGCGAAUUUAGUUAUAUAAAAUGGUGAAAUUUAAUUAACACAAUGUUGCUAGUUUCUCAUCUCAAUGAGUUUUAUUCGACUUGACUUAAACUUUGUAAAGAUUGAGAUCAUGGCAGUUAAUUGAAGAUACCUCGAUCAUUGGGCGGGCAUUAUAAAUGUGAUAUGUCGCAAUAUGCGGUGUGUUGUCCAUUAGUCGGCUGGAGACCUCUAGCGAGAUGACAAUGAAACUAGCCAGUUCAUCCCGCGCCUCCUUAGCCCCGCCAAGGCGAUUGCAGAUAGUAUUUUAAAUUAUACAUGCCCUUUGUUCCAUUAAAGGCGGACCUUUAAUCUCUUCUCUUCUCUCUCGCUCGCGUAUUUUUAUAUACCAUACUGUUAACUGAAACGUGUAAUGAGAAUUGAAAAUAAGCGAGAGAUAUUUUAUAUGGGUUAAUGUUUGUCAGAAAUGAGGCGGUAAAUAUAAGCUAGCUCAGUAAGUUUCUCAUGUGUUUCUCGGUGGUUUUUAAUCCAAUUGUAUCGGGUUUAGAGUGUUCACGAGACGUCAUCACUAAUUUAAUCACAUGCACAUCCGAGAAACUUAUAACAUGCCAGUAAGAAGCAUAUUAAAAGCCAUUUUCAUUGGUUGCUAGAGAGAUGGGGCCAUUACACGAAAAACUGAGAUUUACGUGUUUCAAAUCUCUCUAAUAAACUAAAGACCACUUAAAAUGGGCAAAAUGUAUACAAACGAUAGAUUUACUAUGAAUGUGUAGAUUCUGCUAACGUUAAAUAUGCGUAACGUUAAAACUAGUUCUUAUAUAUACGCAAUAAGAACUACUUUCACCUGAAUCGAAACCCAGCUUUGCGACCAAGCAAUAUCUAAUUGUACUCUACUAUACUCUAUAUCAUAUUUAUACUUGCCAAUAAAUAACGAACAAACUUUUUUAUACGAAAUCGUGUAAAUCAUGGUAGUUUUUGUAUUCUGUUCCAUAGGUAGAUAUGCUCAAACAUUGAUUAAUUAGUGCCAUGAAUGUAGGAGGCGCGGGCGCAGAAGGUUGUUGAAUCAAAAUAUUUCCUUAUAAUAUAAAUUUUUAUAUCUGAA